GGUUGUUGCACCGAACUUGCUGCCAUAUUGUUCCAUAGCAACACUGAAAUAAAUGGUGGACCUUUCAAGUAAUUUGUUUUACAGCUGAGGAAGUGAAUCACGAUGUACGACAGAGCUCCAAGAGAUCUGGUGAAGACCUAUGGGUCCACUUCAGGAAAUGUGGGACCAGGAUCAUAUGACGCCUCUGUAGUGACACGAUCUAAAGUCAAAGCUGAUGGAUAUGCUCCAUUUUUGUCCAUGACAAGCCGAGAAACAUUUCUGAAUGUUAGUGAUCAGGUUGUGGCAGCUCCAGGUCCUGGUCACUACGACCCUCAGGGUGCUCAAGAUUUCGUACUAGGAGGAAAGACUUUGGCCAAUAAAUCUAAGAGGUUCCUGGAACAAAUCCCAGAGAACCCAGGGCCAGGGACAUACAGCACAGAAAAAUACACGGACUUCAGGUCAAGCAAAUCAGCCCCGGGCAGUUUGCAGGGCAAAAAUAAUGCUGGAAGUUUAGUGAGCAGCAGGAUAAAAUUCCACAGAAAACCAGAGGCGCCCUCAAUUCCCAUGCCAGGCCAAGCCUACGGGUAUGAGGAAUGUGAUGAUGGGACACUGAAGAAACAGGGCGCUCCUGACAAAGACAAAAGUAUAGGACCAGCCUUCUAUACCCCAAGCUCAGAUCCUACAAAAACCACCAAGUCUUACAAGGGUGUCCACUUCAGUAAAUAUGCCUCCAAGCGAAUGGACCUUAGUAAGGGAAGGCUGGGCCCAGGCCCAGGAGACUAUGAGCCAUACACUGGUAUACAGAACAAAGUAGAAAAUGUCAAUGCUGUAGAGGAAUCACAGAGGUUUGAGGCCAGGAUUCCCAGAUACCAUGAGGCUAUUGUCAAGGAUGAGGAAAAGAAAGCUAUUCCUGGACCAGGGAAAUAUGAAACGAAAGGAGGAUUUGACCCUGAACCCCCAAAAGUCAACACAGAAGGGAUAGAAGUGGAACACCCGCCAUUUAUGUCACAAUCCAAGAGAUUUACUCCAAUUAAAAAGACCCUGCCUGCCCCUGGUACCUACAAUGAUCCCCGAAAUGCUCUUGAUGUUUUGAAGAGAACAACAGGACUGAAGAGGUCUCCUUUUGGACAGACAUCAGUGAGAUUUAAUCCAGAACCCCACGUUAAAAAAACACCAGGACCUGGUGCCUAUAACCUGGCUGGUAUGGGGUCAGACAGCAUGAGGAAAGCCUACAUUGAAAGUACCAGGAAAGGUGUGUUUGGUACCACCUCAGUCAGAGUGAAGUCAAUCACAAAGAAGGAUGAAACAGAAGUACCAGGUCCAGCUCACUACCAGGUCAAGGAAAAACCAUUCCAGAACCGAUACCAGAAUCUGACAUCGACAUUCUCAUCAGUGACAGCCAGACUCAAUGAAACUCCUACCAUAGUCAAGGAGAUGCCCCCACCUGGGUCCUAUGAAGUUGCCAAGUCAUAUCAGCUUUCUCAACUUAACACUGAGAAGACCAAGCCUAGGACAGAUGAGGCUAAGAGGAAGCAUGGCUCAUUUCUCUCUGCAGCCUCCAGAUUUGCCCCACCCAGGGAUAUGGUCAGCUCCAAUACUGAAGCAGACUUUCCAGGUCCAGGAGCUUAUGAGUCUAAAGAAGGCGUUACCAAGAAGGGAGGGCUGAUUGUCACUAAAGAAAAGCGCUUCAAGGAAAUCAAGUCAGAAGGCCCUGCCCCAGGAUCUUACGAGUUCUCUCCCUUGAUACAGGACACAAUUCUGAAAGGAACAUUUAAUGCCACGCUCAACAACCCAAUAGCACCACAGUUAGACAUGUCCCAGCACAUGGGUACAACAGCAAAGCAUGCAUUCCUGUUGGGUGUGUGAAAGUGUAUUAAAUAACCAUGGAACUAAUGAGUUUCAAAUAUCCAAUGAACAGACCAAUCAUGAGGAUUGUUACAAAACAUGGAGGAAUUUUUUUGUACUGAAGCAUUCAUAUGUCUGGAACAGAGCUAUUUGUGGAUUGAAAGCUUCUGUGAUAAUUUAAUGUGAUAUUUUCAGUUUUAUAUAAUUAUUUACACUGUCGAUGUAUAAAAUAUACCAUCAACAUUUAGAACAUCUUGAUUUGUUUUUGUAGCUAUAUAUAAUUGUUUAUUAUUGUGAAUGUUUUGACACUGUUAUGUACAUAUGGACCAUCCAGUCAUUGCUUGUGUAAUAUAUGUAUAUUGUACAAUAAACUGAAUUGUUGAAAAA